UUCUGUCUCUGUUUUUUCCACGUGUCCUGUUGAAAUGUUGGCCUCUGCAGUGUUCCAUAGAAACCCUGUUUAUAUGUCACCAAUGGUAACGGGACAGUUCAGUUUCUUCGGGCGGUGUUAAAAGAUUUUAGCCGCAUUUGGAGAGUUUAAAAGAUGACUGCGCGAAGUAAAUAUAGUAUAAAGUGAAAUUUAUUACACGUUCACACUAUGUCGGAAAUACUGUGCAAGUGGCUGAACCAGGAGUUGAAGUUGUCAAAGACCCUAGACCCCAGGGAUUUUGCCAAGGAUUUUUCCAAUGGUUACCUAAUUGGAGAAAUUCUUCACAAAUAUCAAAUGCAGACUGAUUUCCAUAUGUUCCUGAAGAGAGAUAAUUCCAUCGCCAAGACGAAUAACUUUACACGACUGGGACCGACUUUAAAGUUGCUGGGGAUCUGCUUUGACAAAAACACAGCCCGAGAUCUGAUGCAUGAGAAGGAGGGUGUAGCGACUCACCUUCUGUACCAACUUUAUGUCUCGCUUGAAAAGAGAGAGAAAGCAGAAAGCCGCAGAACAAUGAGGGAAACUGAUCAACCUAGAAGCAGAGCUGUUUUGGACAAAAAGGAACCCGACUUCUCCUCUCGGCUCCCUCGGGUAGUAAAACAGGAUUCAGACCAGAAUCUUCUGAAAAUUUCCCAGCACUUCAAGGAUAAACACCAGAAAGUCGAUGACAAAUCUGUGGUGACCCAAUCCAACCCACAACAGAGGCUUCUCAAAGUGCAUAACAGGACAAAAAUGGACAGCAAAGAAAAGGUGUAUCAUCAAGAGCACAGUGACGUGACGGGUAACCAAACUGACGUGCCAAAGCUGCCUUCCUCUACUUUAUAUCUUAAUAUGAAGCAGAGACAACAGCGACACAAACGACGAGAAGUCCAGCUAGUUCAAACUGAUAUUGCUCAAUUUGAAGAAAGGAAAAACAAACAGGUUCCUUCUGAUAGUGUUAGCUCAUCGAGCGUCAAACGGGACUGUGAAGGUUUUGGAAGUGAACAAAAGCUGAUGCUACAAUCCAGUGACGAGUACAUACAGGAGAUCCGACAGCGGUUGAAGGAGAAUGAGAUGGCUUACAAAAGGAGAGGACGAAGAAUCGACCAGUUUUUGGCGGAGCAGUUAAAAGUUAUUGAAGCUCAGCAGGAUGUGCAACGAGAGGAGCAAAUGGUGAGGCGUCUGACACGUCAGACUAAGCAGGAACAGCGCUUGGCUGCUCAGCUAAUGCAGAUACGUAGGCAGAAAGAAGUGAUUCGGGACAAUCGCCUGUUCAGGGAACAGCAGUACCAACAGAGGAGAGAAAAGGACUUCCAGGAGGCUUUGGAGCGAGAGGCAGUUUUGGCUCAGCAAGCUAAACAGUCUCGUGAAGAAGAUAUCAAAAAGGAGCUUGAACUGUGUAACAGGAUCGCUGCAGAACGUGUUCAAAGCAGACACAAAAAGCAUUUUGAAAACUGCAAAGACAUUUUGGGGCAGAUUAUGGACUUGGCAACCAAGACUGGAGAAUAUCGUCAGCUCACUGAGAAAUUAAUUCCAAAGACACAAAUGAAAAAGUGGAAGGAAUUAUUCUUCGUAGGUCUUCCUCUUUAUGAGCCGUUAAAAAGCAGCGAGUCAGAGGAUGAGUUGUCCGCUUUUCUCCACCCUGCAGCGCUUAAAAAACAGAAAAUACUCAACAACCUGGAUUAUUACGAAUACACGAAUAUGGUAGGUGAAUGGGCUUGGCCAAAGCAAGAUGAAACAAAAUCACCACCAAGCCCCAGCAACAUUCUUGUACAUGUUGUCCAACGACUGGAAAAUAUUGUUCAUCCACCCUUCCUUAAACCAUCCUCCCCUUCAUUUGCUCACGCUCCCAUUAAGGCCUGCAUACUGGGCAAGGUUUGCUCAGGCAAGACUACCUGCCUGGCUAAGAUUGCUGAAGCGCUUGAUAUUUGUGUUUUAUCUGCUGACACACUGAUUGAGGAGAGACUGAAGUCUUAUAAGAAUAAAAAGCAGUUACCCACCUGGCUAACACAAGGAACCAUCUCAAAUGAAAUGUUAGUGGACAUUGUGGUUAACGCAAUCAGUCAGAUUCCAGCUCAGUCAGGUUGGAUCCUGGAUGGCUUUCCUUGUGACAUCAUCCAGGCUCAUCUGCUAGAGAAAGCCCUGGGUGGGUUUGUCGAUGAAGUAAAGGAAACUGUAAGCAACACAACAAACCUUGCUGCAGAUCCGGAUCCACCCAGUCCCUCACCACGCCCUGCGCCUGUUCUGGAUUUGGUUCUUCUUCUGGAUGUCUCUGAUGAGUGUGUGGUUAGACGGGCGUACAGCUAUAAUGACACAGAUGCUGCUGUUCCAGCCUCCCGAACUUCAGAUUUGUAUGUUGCUCAGAUCUCAAACAGGAUCGCAGCAUUUCAGGAUGCCUGGCCAGAGCUGGAGAAAUGGUUUGGUGAAAAGCAAAACAUUUUGGCCCGAGUCAGUGCAGAUGUAGAUGAAGGGGAGCUGUACAGCGUGGUGGAAUCCAUCUUGCAACAAGUAAUCCGAAAAAGACAUGAAGCUUUUGCUGACCCUGAAGAUGUGCUGUCUGACAGAGCAAAAUCACCGGGCACUCCUUUAACGCUUGCGAAGCAACCAUUAGCUUCUACUGACAACGACCUUGGCAUCACGACACGCUGCUCCAUUCUUAAGGAGGAUAAGCUCCAACGGAACACUGGAAAUGUGUCACCUUCCUCAGUGCCCAAUGAGGACAAUCAUGACGUUUCAAAGGACCAGUCAGAGACCACCUCUUCACACCGAGGUUCAGCCCGUCAGCUCUUUGUGGAUGAACCCCUUCCUUUGGAGACAGCAGAGUACCUCUGCUCUCUCUGGGACAACGUGUGUGAGUCUUACGUGAAUAAUGUAAAGCAAGUAAUGGAGCAGCUGCGCUCACAACUCACUGCUAUUGAUUUGGACCUUUUCAGUAUCAGAGAAAGAUACAAGCAUUACCUGGGUCGCCCCGACUUGAAGCAGGAACUAGUUUCUCAGUGGCAGAAGGUCUUCAAUAGCAUACCUGAUGAUAUGAGAGAAGAUGAGGAUACCAAAACAGAGCUGCAUUUGAGAGUGGAUGAUUUAUGUGAGCAGCUGUGGGACAUUAUUGACAGCCAUAAAAAGGAAAACGAGCAAGAGAGAGCCACCCUCACAAGUAAUGGCUGGCUAGAAACCCACACUUCUCUCCUUGUCAACCACCACUCUAUACUAAUACAGAUAGAGCUGAGACGGUUUUGGGAAACGCUCCAUCUUUUAAGGGUCUAUUAUUGGAGCAUGCACAUGCAGGUGCCGCCACUCUCCAAUCUUUGUCCCAUCACCUUAUUAAAAUCUGAAAGUACAGAUCAGGAAGAGAGACCUCCUGACUCUACAGGCUCUACAAAAGCUAAAUCUAAAGUGGAAGGCAAGGGUCAUCCAGAACCUGAGAAGGUCAGAUUUCCUGCCACACUCACAUCAGGUUAUACAAAAUCAACCUCCAAAGUGGAAGGCCAAGCUAAUCCAGAACCUGAAAAGCCAUCACAUGAGAAACUCAUCUCAGACUACAUGGAAGCCAUUAAAGCCAUCAGCACUUUGGUGUCAGCAGAAGCCCAGCAGAGGGAGACAAAUGAGCAGCAAGAAACUGUACAAGAGAAAACAAAAACAACGAGGAAGAAAUCUGCCAGUUCAAAAAAGGCUGAAAAAGAAAAGAAGCCAGCUCAAAAACAGACAGAUGAAGAUGUAGAGAAGACACAAACUCAAAUCCUCCCAGAGAUAACUCAUCAAAUAAUAAAGAAAUUACAACAAGAAUAUACAGCUGCACUAAAUCAUGAGGAGAAUGCAGCGAAGGUGCGCAUUGAGCUGGUAAAAGAUCGUGGUCUGGUGUCGGUUCAGUCCUUGGAAAACAGAGCACAUGAGGUUUUUACCAACAUGGAAAAAUGGUUUCAAGAACGCUAUCUGUCAGAAAUGAAGUGCGUUGACCAACUCUCACAUGUGGUUCGUCACAUUAUAGAGACGGGUGCUAAGCUGCAGUAUGAGCUAGUGUUGAGAGGCUGUGAUUUCUACUUGAAUGGGGACUGUCUUUUGGUACCAAGUCCAACCCCUCCUCCUCGUCCAGCUCCUUUUGAGAAUCCAAUACAAUCCACACCAACUAUUGCUCAGUUAGAAUCCCUACACCAUCAUCUACUCAACCUCGCUCCAUCAGGCCUUAUGUCCUGCUCUGAGUUGUCAGAUUUCCUUGAAGACACAGCUUCCAUCAACAAAGGCAGAAACAUCCUGCCUCAGCCCUGGACAAAUAUAAAUGAAACACAGUUGAUAGAGAUUGUGUCUUUACUGAAGGACGAGUUCGAGCAGAUAGACUGGCGACGUUUUCUGCUCAGUGCUGCCCUUCCUUGGCCGUUUCCUUCACUGGCGCAGCUGCUAGAUGUACUGCAACGUUUCAGAACAGCGGAUGCUGAUGGCACAGGCUACGUAAACCAGGAACAGUAUCUCCAGACAGAGUUAUGGUUUUCCAGUGAGACUGACCAGAAUGUUCCUGAAGACCCUUCAGAGCCUUUACCUUACAACCAUCUAGCUAACCUACGCGAGUUCUUUUUCCAGCUGUUUGCAGAACACUCUAUGUCUCCUCCACGACUGGAUUAUGUGUCCAUGCUGCUGUAUUUUGCAGCCGACCCUAACCCCCAACAGGGUUUCAUCAGAGCUCUCAGUGUAGUCUUAGGAGAGUAUGUCGGUCGGCCUCCAUCAAGCCUUCUGGUAAAGUCUAUGCCGAGCUUAGAAGAAGCCACAGAGAUCUACUCAGAUCCUUUUGGAGACUACAUGGAGGAGGAGUUCUUGUUUGCAUCAAGCUGCUCUUCCAGGGAUCAGGAAGUGUCAGUUGCUGCGCUCCUUAAUGUUAUCUGCCACAAAGUUGCCCAGACGAAAGACAAAACCUCUCUUCCUCCUGGAUGCCCGAGUCAGGAGCAGCGCCUGGUGAACAUGUACAGAGAGCUGGGAUAUCAGCCUGAGGAUUCUGUGCCUUUCUCUAUCCUUUCUAAACACCCUUACUCUAAAAAGCUGAUAGAAACCUCAACACAAUACCAGUUUGUGAACAUUCAUAAAGUGUUGCUUGGAUGAAGAGCGUUUAAGGAGAGGCCUAACAAUGUUUUCUUCUGUUUUCACCUCUUUGUCAAAUAAAAACAAGACAUGCCAACA